GAGACGUUCAUCUGUCAUAGUUCCAUCAGUUAAACGACGUGUCUCUCAAAUUAUAGUUCCACCAGUUAAACGACGUGUCUCUCAAAUAAUAGUUCCACCAGUUAAACGACGUGUCUCUCAAAUAAUAGUUCCACCAGUUAAACGACGUUCAUCUGUCAUAGUUCCACCAGUUAAACGACGUGUCUCUCAAAUAUUCAGACAACAAUUAUUAGAGCAAAGUAUAUUAAUGUCAUUUAAUGAUCAGCAACCAAUUACCAAAACGCGUCAUGUACCUAGAGGUAAACAAAUACGAAAAACCAAAAAAGGUGUUAGUGCGAAAUUAGAUCAUGAAUCAAGACGAGAAAGACAGAAAAGAAAAACCCUUGAAAAACAUCCACAUACAAAAAGAAGCCAUGAAUCAAUUCUAUAUAGUAAGAAUCGACAAAAAGUACAAUCAGAACAAUCAGAACCGAAGGCUGUAAAUGUUUUAUCAAUUCCAAGAAUUUUGGACACGGAUGAAUUAGUCAAAAAGGUUGAUGAAGAACUUCGUAAAAAAGAAAUUUUAAUGUCUCCAAGACCGCCACCAAGACGAAUAGUUCAUGGAUUGCCAACUCCUGAUUCUAUUCCAUCAACUCCCCAGACUAAGAGUAAUACUUCUUCAUUACUUGCUUCAUUACCAGACAGAAGGUCUGCAAAGUCUGAUAUAAUACCCACUGAACCACCACCUUUUCCAACUCACCUAACACAUAAAGCCGUGCCUUUUCCGGCUCUCCAAUCACAAAAUGGAUCAAUGCGAACGUCUUCUACAACUGAUACCCGUCAAUCACAAAAUGGAUCAAUGAGAACACCUACAUUUGAUACCCGUCAAUCACAAAAUGGAUCAAUGCGAACAUCUACAUUUGAUACCCGUCAAUCACAAAAUGGAUCAAUGCGAACACUUACAAUUGAUACCCGUCAAUCACAAAAUGGAUCAAUACAAAAUGGAUCAAUGCGAACACUUACAAUUGAUACCCGUCAAUCACAAAAUGGAUCAAUACAAAAUGGAUUAGCGAACACCUUCUACAAUUGA